UAAGCUUCAAUUUAAAGGUUAUGGCAUCCAAUAAACUCACAUUAGCUUUACUCCUCUUUCUCGCCAUCUUCACAUAUGCAAAGGCAAAGCGAGGCCAUCUCAAGGAGACCAAAAUGUCGGUCUACUAUCAAGACUACUCCGGCGAUCGGAACACGACCGUGAUCGAGAUCCCGGGCCCGUCGACGGGACCUCUGAACUUCUCCAAGUUCGGAGCCAUGUUCGUCACGGACGACCCAAUCACCGAAGAAAUUGGAGAAGGCUCGGCCCUAAUCGCAAGGGGCCGAGGCUUGGCCGUGACGACGGCCCUCGACGGGUCCAACGCACACUUGCUGCUGUCGGUUGUGUUUAUCGACGGCGACUACAAAGGUAGCACACUCGAACUGCAAGGUUCCGACCCGCAGUUCGAGCAGGUGAGGGAGGUGGCGGUGGUGGGCGGCACCGGGAAAUUCCGGCUAGCCCGCGGCUACGCCACUUUCGAGACUCUUUCUUAUGAUCCGGUGCGAGGUCAUGCAGUCAUACAGUCUAAUAUGACUCUGCUACAUUACUAGAUUCUUAUUUUCUCACCAAGAAUUAAUUCAAUUCUCCUUCGAGUUCAACUUGGUUGUUAUUGAAUUAUAUGCAAAUUAUAUAGUUGAUUACUUCCUCCG